GCUGCGGAGGGCGGAUAAAAACACCGGGGGGAGCGCGGCGGCGCCGAGCGGCGGAGCGGGGCUGGGAUCCCUGCAGGCUGAGACUCUGGACGAGGGCACCCUUCCCACGUAGCAAUGGCACCCACGCUCGCCACCGCCCACCGCCGGCGCUGGUGGAUGGCGUUCACGGCCAUCAUCGAGAACCUGUUCUUCUCCGCCGUCUUGCUGGGCUGGGGGUCCCUGCUCAUCAUGCUGAAAGCAGAAGGGUUUUACUCCUACCUCUGCCAAGAGUCAGGAAACUCCACAGGCAGCCCUGAGCACGAGAACAGCACGGCGGCAGAGCACAAGUGGCCAACGUGCAACGCCCAGGACGAGAUGCUGAACCUGGCCUUCACCAUCGGCUCCUUCCUGCUCAGCGCCAUCACGCUGCCCCUGGGCAUCGUCAUGGACAAGUACGGCCCUCGCAAGCUGCGGCUGCUGGGCAGCGCCUGCUUCGCUGUGUCCUGCGUGCUGAUCGCAUAUGGUGCCAGUAACCCAGACUCUCUGUCCGUGCUGAUAUUCAUUGCGCUGGCUCUGAACGGCUUUGGUGGGAUGUGUAUGACCUUCACAUCACUCACGCUGCCCAACAUGUUUGGUGACCUUCGUUCCACGUUCAUUGCUCUGAUGAUUGGCUCCUAUGCUUCCUCUGCUGUGACCUUUCCAGGAAUCAAGGUUAUAUAUGACUUUGGGGUCUCCUUCAUCCUCAUUCUGCUUGUCUGGGCAAGCUGUGCAGGACUGGUUUUCCUCAACUGUUUCUUCAACUGGCCACUGGAGCCUUUCCCAGGACCAGAAGAUAUGGAUUAUACGGUGAAAAUAAAGUUCAGCUGGCUGGGAUUUGACCACAAAAUCACCGGGAAGCAGUUCUACAAGCAAGUCACGACCGUGGGACGCCGUCUCAGUGUGGGGAGCUCCAUGAAGGGCCCCAAGGAGCUGACAGCCUUGCAAGAGAACAACAAGCUCUGUCUGUCCACGGUGGACCUGGAAGUGAAGUGCCAGCCCGACAGCUCAGCUUCUCCCUCCUUCAUGAAGAGUGUCUUCAGUCCCAUCUUGCUGCUCAGCCUCAUCACCAUGUGUGUCACUCAGCUGCGGCUCAUCUUCUACAUGGGGGCCAUGAAUACCAUCCUUGAGUUUCUGUCUGGAGAUGAAGAUCAAGUGAGUCUCUACACUUCCAUUUUUGGGGUACUGCAACUGCUGUGCUUGCUGACGGCGCCCGUGAUUGGGUACAUCAUGGACUGGCGGCUGAAAGAAUGCGAUGAUGGCUCAGAAGAGAACGAGGAGAACAACGCUGAGCAAGGUGACAAGAAGAAGAAAAAACGUGAUCGUCAGAUCCAGAAAAUCACCAAUGCCACCAAUGCCUUUGCAUUCACAAAUGUCCUGCUGGUUGGAUUCGGAGUCACCUGUCUCAUUCCUAAUCUACCAUUGCAGAUUCUUUCCUUCAUUUUGCACACAAUUGUGAGAGGAUUCAUCCACUCAGCGGUGGGAGGCCUCUACGCAGCUGUAUACCCCUCUACUCAGUUUGGCAGCUUGACAGGGUUGCAGUCGUUGAUCAGUGCCCUUUUCGCCCUUCUGCAGCAGCCUCUGUUUAUGGCAUUGACAGGACCUUUGGAAGGAGACCCUCUCUGGGUAAAUGUUGGCUUGCUCGGUCUGAGCUUACUGGGUUUCUGCCUUCCGAUCUACCUGGUCUGCUACAAACGCAGGCUAGAGAGAGAAAAGAAACAGAAGAAUGACGAUGCCAAACUCUUCCUCAAAAUCAACGGCACUCCCAAUGAGGAAGCCUUUGUUUAAACUGGUGCUUCAAAUUCAACCUCCCCUGUACAGGUUCCUACCACAUCCGUGGGUUAUACCUGUGGUGUAAGCCAGGCUUUUUCUCUCCUGGCUCUGCCAGUCUUUGCUCAUCACUGGAGUGAGAGCCAGACAUCAUGACUGAGCUUUCCUCAGAUAAAUGGCAGAGGGAGACUUCCCACUCCUUACUCCAGAACACAAGACACUUUUUUCCUUUUUAUAAAGGCCACGCAGAUAUUGUGUCUUAAGUUAUCCCCUGAUCACACUCUCCAGCUGCCGAGGCUCUUCAUAGGAAACUGGGGAGAGAAGGAAGAGGGAUGGGGGAAGAGAGAAGAAAGACCUUAAUUUGAAUUUGUAAACAUAACACACUGAAGUCUGUUUUCCCCCCCCUUCCCUCAACCUUGUCUGACUGUCUCAGAUGCAAGCUGCACUCUCCUCCCUUCCUGAGGUUUCAUAAUGGUCUUUCUGCUUGAUAUGUAGCUGGACCCAAUGGUUUUACUGCCUAUCCAGACAUAUCCCAGACUGUUUUUGAGGCAGGGAAGGGAAAUUAUACCUAUGUGUAUGAGCACAGCUUCAGUGUUUUGCUAAAUGUUGGCUGCUAGCACUGACAGCUCCCAAACCUUUUAUUACUGCAAUGGAACAGACUGUGAGCAAUGGAUCUGCCUUCCACACUGAAAUGGAGACCCUACUGGACUGCUUGGUCCUACACCAAGUCUUCGAAGGCCUGGAAUUCCUCCUCUUCCCAGCCUGAAAGCCACCUGUAUGUGUUGUAAACUGCCUGCAGUCCUGGAACUGUUGAGAUAGGAAUUGGAUCUUGUUUACCGAUGAAGUGCUUUGAGACUUGUUGCCUUUUGCCUCUUCCUCCCUCCAAUGUGACCCCAGGAGGGGAGCAGCAGCGUGUAAUUACUAAAGUGGAAAAACGUCUUGAAGCUGGGUUCUGGGGCUCCAAAUACCUUGGUGUUCACAUGUCAUGAUCUGACUUCUUGUUGAAAAGAGUCAAGAGUACAGAACACUCCUUGUGUCUGGUAACUGGAUCCUGUGGAUGUAUGGCAGGGUGAUGUGGCAAAGUAAUUCUUCCUCUAGCCAUAGCUUGUCUACAUUGUUAUGAUAAUAGCCCCCAAGCUGCUGAACACCAGGUUACUCUGACUGACCAAAAAGCUGCUGGUUUGGCUGUAUAGAGAGCCUUCUACAAUGUCAAUGCUCUGUCUGGACAGAGUAUGUGGUGAUUGAUUGUAUGGUGAAGCUGACUUAUAGAGCAAUACAUGUGGGUAAAGGUGCCCCAGGGCCUGUUUGCCAUGGAGGGAAUACAAAGGGAAUUCUUAACCUGCUUAUUUUUAUAGUGGAUUUCCUAGUUCUUGCCUAAAUUAGACUUUUCUCCCCUUAACCCCGCUGAUGUCAGUAGCUCAGCCUCUGCAACUAGCAUUAGCCACCACACCGUGUGGACCUGCUUGGAGCAGGGCUGUGUGGCGUUGAGAAUGAGCAUCACCAUGGGGUGCACAGCAGUGCGCGCGCUGGGCUGAGCUAGUGGCUGCAGGGAGGUUGGCAGGGAGAAAUAAAACAAUUAUGAAGAUGUAGUGGUGGUGUCUUCUGAACUGCCAACUCUUGCAUUACUGCAAAGCCUGGCAGAGGGUAAGUCAUUCAACUCCUUUAUGUCUGGUUGGAGAAGGACAAGGCUCAAUCCCUGCUCUGUUUGUUAGCUCUAAGCCGGGGAUUAGAAGCAUCAGUGCGCUUGGACCGCCCUGUGAGAAAUUACCUGGGAACUGGGUGUUAACUCAGUUACUGGUGGUUUAAAGCAUGCAGAUGCUCAGCCCAACCUGGUCUUCACCUUCAUAAAUUUCAAGCUUGGUGAUUUACAGAGCUUCGGAGGACGGCUGGGAGCCCCGCCGGUGCCCUUGGCAGCGCAGGAUGACGAGGCAGCUGUGAGGCAGCAGCGCCAUCUUGAGUCGCUGCCCUCAGCCGCCCUGCGGACAGCUCGGUUGCUGCUCCACUCCAUGGUACCUUUUAGUCUUCAGUCACUUGUUUUAAAAUGACUUGCCACUUGAGUAUUUUACACGUUUGUGGAUUUUUUUUUUAAUCUGUUGCCUUUAUUAAAUGUGUUUGUUCCAAGACAGCCUUAUUGCCUGCUGUCAACACUAUGCUGUUCUAAAACUUUGCAUUAUUUUU